ACGGCCGUGCCGUAAAGCGUCUGGGCCGGGCGCGAUCGCCGCUGGCGCCCUUGGGAAGGGCGAGGCCAUGAGCGGGAACGGGGGCACCAAGGCCCUGGAGCUGCUGCGCUCGCUGCCCAGGGUCUGCCUGGCCAACCUGAGGCCCAACCCCGGCUCCCGAAAGCGGGAAAGAAGACGUGGCCGUGGAAGAUAUGGAGGUAGGAAGUGUGGCCGGGGUCACAAAGGAGAAAGACAAAGAGGAAAUCGCCCCCGAUUAGGCUUUGAGGGUGGUCAAACUCCGUUUUACCUGGUCAUACCAAAAUAUGGGUUUAAUGAGGGACAUAGCCUCAGACGUCAGUAUCAACCACUCAGUCUUCAGAGGCUGCAGUACCUGAUUGAUUUGGGUAGAGUUGACCCCACACAACCAAUUGACUUAACACAGCUCAUCAAUGCCAGAGGUGUAACAGUGCAACCUCUCAAGAGGGAUUACGGUGUCCAGCUGGUGGAGGAGGGAGCUGAUAUUUUUUCAGCAAAAGUAAAUAUUGAAGUGCAGAGGGCAUCUGAGUUAGCAAUUGCAGCCAUAGAAAAAAACGGAGGUGUUGUGACAACAUCGUUCUAUGACCCAAGGAGUUUGGGAAUUUUGUGUAAGCCAGUACUGUUUUUCCUGCGUGGCCAGCCUAUUCCAAAGCGAAUGCUUCCACCUGAAGACCUAGUCCGUUACUACACAGACGCCAGGAACCGGGGGUACCUGGCAGAUCCAUCUAAGGUCGCGGAAGCCAGGCUUGAGCUUGCCAAGAAAUACGGCUACGUCUUACCAGACAUAACCAAGGAUGAACUGUUUAAGAUGUUGAGCGCGCGCAAGGAUCCUAGACAGAUAUUUUUUGGUCUUGCUCCAGGGUGGAUUGUAAACCUGGCAGACAAGAAAAUUCUAAAACCAACUGAUGAGAGUCUGUUGGAAUACUAUAGCACAUGAAUUCAGGACUGGAGACAACUGCAGGUGUACAGGAAACAUCUGGGUAUGAAAUAAUGGAUAGAAGUGGUGUGUUGUUUGUUUGUUUGUAAGACUUCUAUUAUACUAGACAAAACACAAAUUUUUGUUCAUGUAAUCUUCUGUUGUAGCUCUCAGCUCUUUUAUUGUCAUAAUACAGUGUAUCAAAAGUCUUAAAAUUGAAAGCAAUACAGAGUCUGACAUAAAGUGUGAGUUUGGGCACUUUCUCUUGUGAUGGUUUACCGGUGUUUCUUUCAGACAGAAGGUUUUGAUAUUGCAUUGGUUUCAGAGGAUAAUUCCAAAGUGUAGUUUGGCCUAAUAAUUAGUUUGUAUUUCCCUCUUCAAUUUAAAAUUGGAAAUAUGUACAAAACUAAUACUAGUUUUACAAUAAUAUUGCAUAAAAUUAUAAGUUUUAGGAAAUGUAUCUUGACUACCUCUCAGAGGCAAACCAUCUGUUUUUGGUUGGGGAAAAAUGAAAACAGCAAGAAAUAACAAAGUUCAAAAGAUUUCAUUAACCUCUCCAACUCCAUAGCUGUGUUUUGGAUUUUGCCAUCAAUAGCAUUAGAGCUUGAGAGGUCUUGACUUUUGUCCUAUUUCUCCAUACACAAUUGAGAAAGACAGGGUGUGCAGUUUGAAGUAACUUUCUAUCUAAACUUAGCAGGGGGAAAGAUUGCUAUCUUACAUCAAUGGCUUUUAUUAUUCAAACAGAAUUUAAAACUUGUCCAGACAGAACUGUAAUGUCAGUAAUAAAUUACCUAGGAGAAUCCAGAGUCGGUGAAUGACAGUGGCUGUAGAUUAUGAAGGAUGGGGAUGUGAUGGACAAAGUACACAGUUAGGAUUCAGUUUUCAGCUUGGUCACAGUUUGCAUCUGUGACAGUGGACAAAUGAAUUUAAAUGUUGUGAGAAGUUAUGAACAAAUUGUUUUUUAUGAAAAGCAGUGUUUUGAUCACACCAACUUGGUACAGUCUUGAACAAUAUUUUCCAACAAACAUUUGUUCUAUCCAUCUCUCCAGAAUAUUGCAUUGUUGCUAUGCAAGAGUAUUUUGGUUUUAAUGCAGAAGCUUAGGUAGUAUUGGGCAUUUGGGAUGAUGAGCCAGGCAGCAAAGAAAGACGAGAGAGGAGACUGAGUUAAUCUGUCAGAACUUGCUCUGAUUCCUUGGAAGUUAAUGAGCUGCUUCACAAUUACGUGGUUUAGUGGAAGCUGAAUUUGGCUUUAAAACAGGGAUAAUUUGGUUAUUAGAAUGCAGGAAACAGUCCAGGAGACUAGAACACGAGAAGUUGUCUUGCUUUCCAAUUUUCACGUGCCUUUGCAAAUGCUACUUAGAGUUUCCUGUAGCUGCCAAACCAUCCUAUUUCAUAGAGGAAGUCCUCUAUGUACCAGAAUCUCCUGUUUCUCCCGUAUAACACCUGUAUUUUGCGGCGAUGCCUCAGUGGGGGAGGAUUUAAAAACAGUUUUCUUUUUCUUUCAGAGAAUAAAAAGAAGCAGAUGAAUUUUUGUUGGUGUCUGUCAACCAGCCCAGAUUUUUCCUUCACUCAACAACCUGCCUUGUCAAUUAAUAUGAACAUCUGUAAUCACAAAACAAAAUAAAACAAGUCUUCUAUUCUCAUUCUGAUUAAAUAACCUGAAAUCAAGAGAUUAAGAAUAGAGAGUCAUUAAUUUUUGACAAUUUGCUCUUCAACUUCUAUUGUCCAUUGUUAAUGUGUGUUGGAUGCUGUCAGUAAUGGUCGUUCUCCUGACUUGUGGUUUAAGUGUAGUUGAAACAGAGCAAAACAACAGCAAUAUAUAAUUGGAUUAUGAAUAGCAGGAAUUUGAUUUUAGUGGCAUUAACAUCCAUAUUUUAUAAGGUGCCCAGCAGUUUUUUGGCACGUCAAGAAUAAUACUGUGUGCCAAAAAAAGUACAGUUGGUGUUAAGUUGAAUGUGAAGUAAAUAACUUUCUCACUUUAGAUGUAUCCUGUCCUGCAUCCUGAUGAUUGUUUGGAACCUUAAAUGACAAGCAAUACUUUUUUUUUUUUUAAAACUUUUUUGAAACUUUUUUAAAACUUUUUUGUUAUUACAAUAACUUUACAAUAACAAUAUUACUACUGCCUCCAUUUGGGAAGGAGUUGGAGGGGGGAAGAGUAUUUAUUGCCUUCCCUUAUUUGUGCCAUAAUGUUUCUGUUUUUAUGAAUCAAUUCACAAUUGUAUUUUGUGGAGGUGGUGGUACUCAACAGGAAAGCUGCUUAACUGGAAGUGAAGAAGGAAGUUAGUCAUAUUAGUGAAGACCAGAAGACAAAAGUGUUUAUGUAUCAUUGUGUAUUUUGGGGAGGAGAAGACUGGGGAAAGGCAAGUUUGUUUCCAUUCCUGCUCUUUGUAUUAAAAUGAACAAAUUGCUCUCAGCAAUUUUUUUUCUAAGUCAACUUCUCUGAUACACACACGCGUGCACGCGCUGGUUUCUCUGGGUCUCUAAAUGGUUUUCAGGUGAAAGGGUAACUUGGAUAAAAUGAUAACAGUGAAAGAAAGAAUGAAAACAGGAAACAGAUGUCUGGUGACGUCGAGGGAUUGGAUAGCACUUAUUCAGUGAACGAUGUCUUAGUCACAAGGCAGCUGUAUCCUGGCUCUGAUACUAUAACGCUACAAAUACCUUGGAGCCAAAACAGCCACGUUCCACCAAAUCCGGUCAUUCUACUUCAUAAAGGUGAUCUUUUAUCAUCUUAUAAUUGGAGAGGGCAAAAAAGGGCUGUAUGUUCCUUUAUUUAAAAUACGCAAUGCUUGUCUUUUUUUCUCACUUCUGUUUACAGUAGCCGGUAUUUCAUAUCAGUUGUUUGGAUUUUUAUUUACUAGUGAAAAAAGUGACAAGGCUAUAGAGGAUUUCCUGUUCUUUUUAUCUCAUCGGGAACAAAAGUCUCCUAGCAACUGAAUACAGAAUUAUCAAAAGCACAAGUAGGUUAUUGACAAGGUUUCUAAUAAAUCCAUCACAAACAGCCUUCCGAUGGACUGUUGUUUAUAUGAGGGUCAGGCUCACUGGUGCAAGACUCUUAAGCCAACACUGGCAUCUAAAGCCGUUCUCUUUACUUAGCAAUAUGGACUAUGUUUUCAUGUUUGCAAGAUAAAUGAUUGCCUUGGAUAUCCUGUUUUGAUAGGGGUUUUUCAUGUGCAACAGUAUGUUACACAGCAAGAAGCACCCAAUCUGCUGUAGCCGGAAAAGCAUUAUCAGGUAGCUGAGGAAAAGAAACUUAUUUGUGUCACUGAGUGCUGAAAGCUGUGUCAAUUUUUAUCAGCAACAUCAUACUUUGAAACGGUUCCUUGAUAAAACCAAUUACCUAUGUUCAACUGCAAUCAGAAUAAAGGCCUCCAAACAAG